AUGUCAGAGAGCUUUGCAAAGAUUCCUAAAGGCGCUCAGGUCCAGCCAACACCCUACCGAGUCUCCAUUGCGGACGACAAGGUCGAUGAGCUCAAGCAGCUUGUGAAGCUGGGAAGAGUUGGACCGCCGACCUAUGAGUCAACGCAGAAAGAUCAUAAUUAUGGUGUCAACCACCAGUGGCUGACUGAUGCGAAAGCUGCUUGGAUUGACUUUGACUGGCGCGCUGCGGAAAAGCACAUUAAUUCCUUCAACCACUGGACAGUACCCAUCAAGGAUGAGAAGGGCGAUUUUACGAUCCACUUUACGGGUCUUUUCUCUUCUAAACCCAAUGCCGUCCCCGUGGUAAUGCUCCAUGGUUGGCCUGGUAGCUUCCUGGAGUUUCUCAAGAUCUUGUCCAUUCUCAAGGAGCGCUAUACCCCCGAGACGCUCCCGUAUCACGUCAUUGUACCGUCUCUGCCAGGCUAUGCUUUCUCGGAUAAACCGCCGCUGGACAAGGACUUCGGUAUCAGAGAUGUUUCCCGCAUCGUGAACAGCCUCAUGGUUCAGCUCGGUUUUGGAGGUGGCUAUAUCGCUCAGGGAGGCGAUAUCGGAAGCAGGAUUUCUCGUGUUCUCGCAGCUACUUAUGAUGAGUGCAAAGCCGCUCACCUCAACUUCUGCCUCAUGUCGGAGCCUGCAACUGCACAGGGUGAAGUCUCAGAUGCAGAGAAGAAAGGCCUCGAACGUGCAAAGGACUUCGACAAGCUGGGCACCGCCUACGCUUUGAUGCAUGCCACAAGACCAAGCACCAUCGGCCUCAUCCUAUCGUCAUCGCCUCUCGCGCUUCUAGCCUGGGUCGGCGAGAAGUUCCUGAGCUGGAGUGAUGAAGAUCCUCCUCUCGAGGAGAUACUUACCUCGGUAUCUCUGUACUGGCUUACAGACAGCUUUCCUACUUCAAUCUUUCCAUACCGGCAGCGCUUCGACCCAGAUUACCCUGGUGCCCACGAUCACCCGAAGUGGAAGAUCAGCAAGCCAUUGGGCUAUAGCUGGUUCCCGUUUGAGCUUGCUCCUAUUCCUGUGAGCUGGGUGAAGACCACGGGAAAUCUCGUAUUCUGGAGAGAUCAUGAGCGAGGGGGUCACUUUGCUGCGCUGGAGAGGCCUGAGGAUUUGUUGAAGGACUUUGGGGAGUUUGUGGAGCAGAUCUCCAAGGAUGGGUCUUUGAAGAUCCAGUGA